UCCGGACGUUCUCGGCAGUCGGCUGUUCUGGUCUGAUCUGUGGGGUUCAGGGUUUGCGGCCAGUUCACAGGGAAUGUGUGGGAAUCUCCCAGCAUGCUUCACGCUGCUCGUGUGGUACAAAUUCUUUUUCCCAUGAGAUGACUUAUUACCAAACUUUUUGUCUCUGCAUAUUUGGUAAUGGCCCAAGUCAUGCCAAACAGUGUCUUGAGCUUCCAGUGUUGGCUUAGUAAAGCUGCUGAAUGGGGUCAGACAACCACUUUAGAAUCCCAGCAAGAUGUCUGCGCUCACUUGCCUCAAUUACUGACCUUUCUCCUGCAGAUUUCUGAAUCUCUCAAACACAUGAGUCUAAAUUCAGCACUUGCAAGAUUCCCUGCAAUUGAUCAGCUACUGAAACAACUAUGCUGGAAUCCCUUUGUUGUGGGACAUGAGGGCUUGCAGAAAGCACUGAUGUCCUGCCUGUGUUGCCUGUAUAGCAGUGAUCCACGUGGCCCUUUGGAAUUAAAAACUAAUGACUGGAUACAGGACUUGCUGUGCAGUCUCUUUUCUGGCUCUCAACAUGAAUUUCACAAGGAAUGGAAAGCUAUUGCCCAACUUGGAUGGACCACUGCUGGCUACCAUGGAAAACUUUUGAAGAACACAAUUGCAUCACUGAUUUCACAGCUCAAAGGCUGCCAGUCUGUGGGUGGUUGCAGUAAACCUAGGCUCUCCGCAGAGGAUAUACGUUCAAUAUCUGUAAAGUGUAUCCCGAUCCAUACCUUGCCUGAUAUUGUCCCCUUAUUGGAAGCCCUUUUAAUCUACCACUGUCCUGAACCAACAGAAGUUCUCGAUGAACUCUUUUUAUGUACUAUAAACAAUUCCAUUAUGUGGAAGAAGAUUGUACUAAGUGAAUCAGCAGUACUUAGCUUGUGGCUUCGGCAUUUACCGAGUCUUGAAAAUGCUGUUCUGGAUUUAUUUCAAAGAUUAAUUGCCAUUCAAAGCAAAUCAUCGGGAGAAUUGGAACGUGUUAUAAAAGAUUCAUUCUUGCCCCAGGCUGCCUGCCAUCCAUCCAUUUUCAUGAUUAUUGAUGGGAUUUUCAGGAACGCACUACUGGAGACUGAUGGUACUAUAAAAGUAAUAACUAUAAUACGAUUGUUUACACAACGAUUCAUCCAGAUGUAUGAGAAAGAUAACUUGCAGGCCCGGUUUCCUUUGAGGACAUUUUUUCCGCACAAUAGUCUUAAUCUUGUGAUGGCUUUGCUCAGACAAUUCCAAGGCUUAACACAUAGAGUCUGCUUUCAGCAUCUGCAUAGUAUUGUACAAAAGGUGAAGGAUGUGGACAGUGGAACAAGAUCUCAUGAAAAUCUCUUUAAUUCCUGGUUUUUGCUAAUUCAUUUUGGAGAUUGGGUGGAUGUUGCAGCAGAACAGCUGUUGACGUCAGAGCAUGAAAUUUCAGAUGACCUGCUGUGGCUUUUGGCAUUUUAUUACAAUCCGUGCAAUGACAACCAGGAGAGGAUUAAAACAAUGAUAGCAGCAAGAGAGGUUUGUACCAGCUUGAGAAAGCUCAGCAGCAAUGCUGUUGCAUGUCCAGUUACUUUACAGACUAUACAUGAAGGGAAAAGAGAACAAACGUGGAACUUCUGUACAAUGCAGCUUAUCAGGCAUCUAUGUGUCACAUUCCUCCUUUAUUCAUCUGAAUGGCAUACUGUUGCCAAGGAUUGCAUUUCCAGAAUGACUCAGACACAGGAAGCUGCCAACGAAGUCUCUGACGUACUGGCUCGUACUCUAUGUAGACUUAAUAGUACAGGAAUGAAAAAUGAAAAGAUAACCAAGAAAGCACUUGAGCUGCUUCAUGACUUUUGAUACAAAUAAGAAAACAAAGAUUCAAUGUGUAUUUCAAUAACGAUGUGUAUAU